AUGGGCUUCGACCUGCUACCGAGGGAGAUCGACAAGCUCCAGCUGAUCUCGCUCGCCGGACAACUCGCUCAGAAGCGCCUCGCGCGAGGGUGUCGACUGAAUGUCACGGAGGCGACGGCCCUCAUCGCCCACGUCCUCCAGGAGCUUAUCAGAGAUGGAGGUCACAGUGUGGCGGAGCUCAUGAGCAUCGGCAAGAAGAUCCUCGGGAGGGUGCACGUCCAGCCUGCCGUUCCGUCUCUCCUGCACGAGAUUCAAGUCGAGGGCGCUUUCCCCGACGGAGUCUUCCUUGUCACCGUCCACGACCCCAUCUCUUCCGCUUCGGUUAACGACGACCUCUCCCUCGCUCUCUACGGCUCGUUCCUCCCGCUGCCAAAGGAAGGCGUCUUCCCGAAGGGCUCGGAUGAGCCUGCUGGACCUGCAGAUGAGGAGAUCCCGGGAGUGUUGGUGUUGAGGAAGGAGCCCAUCAGGAUUAACGAGGGACGAGAGCGAGUGCGGCUGAAGGUGACGAACACUGGCGACCGUCCGAUCCAGGUCGGCUCGCACUACCACUUUACCGAAGUCAACCGCGCUCUCUCGUUCGACCGCCGAAAAGCCUUCUUCAAGCGCCUCGACAUCGCUGCCGGAACGGCCGUCCGCUUCGAGCCGGGUGACACGAAGACGGUCACGCUCGUUCAGAUUGGCGGCGAGCAGGUGGUCACCGGCGGCAAUCUUCUCCUCAACUCGUCUAUCGCGCGGCAUCUCGCCGACCCGUCCCUCGCCGAAUCGACCAUGCAGCGCAUCGUCUCAAGCGGUUUCUCGCACGUCGAGGACCCUUCGGCCGUCCUCACCUCGGACACCUCCGUCAUCGCGCCUUUCGAGGUCAGCCGCGAGACGUACGCGAGCAUGUUUGGACCGACGACGGGAGACAGAGUCAGGCUGGGAGACACGUCGCUUUGGAUCGAGGUCGAGCGGGACGAGACGCACUAUGGCGACGAGUGCAAGUUCGGCGGAGGCAAGGUCAUUCGCGAAGGCAUGGGCCAGGCGACUGGUCUUCCCGAUGCCGAAACGCUCGACCUCAUUAUCACGAAUGCGCUGAUCAUCAACUGGGACGGCAUCUACAAGGCCGACAUCGGCGUCAAGAACGGCCACAUCGUCGGGAUUGGCAAGGGCGGCAACCCCGACGUCAUGAAUAACAUCACGCCCGGGAUGGUUGUCGGCGUCAACACGGAUGUCAUCGCGGGCGAGAAACUGAUCGUCACAGCUGGUGCGAUUGAUGCGCAUGUUCACUACAUCUGCCCUCAGCUUUGCAACGAGGCGCUAGCGAGCGGUAUCACCACCCUUCUCGGCGGCGGCACCGGACCCUCAGCUGGCUCGAACGCGACGACCUGCACGCCGUCGCGGACCUACAUGCACGCGAUGAUGGCGGCGACCGAUGGCAUCCCGCUCAACUUUGCCUUCACGGGCAAGGCGAAUGACUCGGGAGAGGCGGGACUGGAGGACCAGGUUCGGAACGGUGCGGUCGGCUUGAAGUUGCACGAGGACUGGGGCUCGACUCCCGCGGCUAUCGACUCGGCUCUCUCGCUCGCGGAGAAGUACGACGUGCAAGUCAAUAUCCACAGCGACACGCUAAAUGAGUCGGGCUUUGUGCAAGACACGAUUGAUGCCUUCAAGGGGCGGACAAUUCACGCUUACCACAUCGAAGGAGCCGGAGGCGGCCACGCACCAGACUGCUGUCGGAUGAUCAGCCUCUCGAACGUCAUCCCGUCGUCGACGAACCCGACUCGGCCGUUCGCCCCGAAUACCCUGGAUGAGCAUCUCGACAUGCUCAUGGUGUGUCACCACCUCGACCGCUCGAUCCCGGAAGACAUCGCCUUUGCCGAAUCUCGCAUCCGUGCCGAGACGAUCGCAGCCGAAGACGUCCUCCACGACUCGGGCGCCAUCUCGAUCAUCUCGUCCGACUCGCAGGCGAUGGGACGCAUUGGAGAGGUUGUCAGCCGGACUUGGAGGACCGCGAGUAAGAUGAAGGAUGUGGUGGGUACGCUGAAGGAGGAGACGAGGGAUGGGGCGGAUAACGAGAGGGUCAAGCGCUACAUCGCGAAGUACACGGUCAACCCCGCCAUCGUACACGGCAUGUCGCACGUCAUCGGCGACGUGAGCGUCGGCAAACUCGCGGACUUGGUCCUCUGGCAGCCGGCGUACUUUGGCGUCAGGCCGAAUAUGGUCGUCAAGGGUGGUGCGAUUGCGUGGGCGAACAUGGGCGAUGCCAAUGCCAGCAUUCCGACGGUCCAGCCCGUCAUUGGCCGUCCUAUGUGGGGUAGCCAACCCUCCGCCGCAGCGUUGACCUCGCUCCUCUUCGUCUCGUCCCUCUCGCUCUCAUCCGGAACAAUCGCAAGUUACGGACUGAAGAAACGGCCUGUCGCCGUCCAGGGGUGCAGGAAAGUCCGCAAGGAGGACAUGAAGAACAACUCUGCCUUGCCCAAGAUUGAGGUCGAUCCCGAGUCGUACAAGGUCACGGCGGACGGAGUGCACUGCACCGUCCCGCCUGCGACGAAGGUCCCGCUCACGCAGAGCUACAUGCUCUUCUGA